GAAAGUGGCAUUCAAUUUUGGAAAGGAAAUGAUCUACAGUAUGACCAUCGCACACAUGAGGCACAUUCCUUUGCAAACACUCAAAGGUAGAAUCUGUAAGGUAAACCUCCAUUUAUCUUCUCUGCAUGGCCAUUUCACAAGUGUUGAUGUUUUAAUUUAAUUAUUAAUCUCUAUUUCUCAGAUUGGUUUUUGCAAUGUCCCAGUGUUCCUCUGCUGGCUUAGACAUGAGUUACUAACAAUUGUUUAUCCAUUUAAUAUCCUUACCUGACCUUAUAUUACAACGAACUAAUUCCACUAUAUAUUAUCAUCCAAUACUUAAUGUGGGAUGUUUCACCUCUCGUCACAAGUUGAUACUAUUUAGUAAUUGCAAUGGUGCUUGACUUGUUCAACAAUCAAAAGUUUAGGGUUGAUUCAAUAGUGAAAUAUUAGUGGAAAACUAUUUGGUGAAUUAUUUCUACAGAUUAUGUGCCCUUAGACUUUAUUAAUGUAGUGAAUGGGGUUAGUGCUGUUAAUGUGUUAGUUGGGGGUAGAAUGAUACUUUGGAAUUUGCCUGGAAGGCAGGCUUUUAUUGUUGUAAAACUGCAAGAUGUGGUUCUGUAUUGCCUCCCACAUAAGCCACAGGGCAUUGUGAUUUUCAAUUUGGCAUGGAAUCCCUUUAGCUUGUUGUCUCAUGAAUCUAAGUUAUGCCGUUUCUUCAAGCUUUGUGGAUUCAAUGAACCUACUUCAGUGGCAGCUAUGGCUUGGUGAUGGAGAAGCCUACAAGCUGUGUUUGAUAUUCUCCAAUGUGUAAGAGGGACGACUGCUAGCUGCUGGUGGCUAUUCUGAAAUUAAUGACUGAGGGUAGUUUUACUUUGUUUUAGUUACUUGUUGCAGCUAGGUUCCAUGGUCAUUAACUGUUGGGUUAUAAAGUGCCUGGGGGAAGUAAAUAACAAACAACUUCGGACUGCACUACUAGAACUUGGUCACUGAAACUUGGCUAGUAAGAGCAAAUUUUGGACAAAAUGAUAUAUCCUCACGACUUUGUUCAUUUAAUUUGAGUCUGUUCUGUAUCCUUAUAAAUUUACUAAACAAUCUGAACUGAAGAUGAAACAAGGUUGCCUUGAUAUCUUGUUAUGCAUAUUAUUGUUUGAGGUAUUUUAAUGGUACAAUGGGGUGUCCAU